CCGUAUCCGUGACAGUCACUGUAAAGUGUUUCGAUUACUAUCGCCGGUUAACUCGUCAGCCUAUUUAUACGUAUACGGCAAAUAUAUUUUAUGGGUUCGCGUAAAACCGCAUUGGAUAAUAAUAUAAAAGAUUUUAGUGUAACCAUUUAAGGUUAAUGUAAAAGUACUUUUUAACAGUUUUAGUUGAAAAAUCUUUUCAGUUUUGUGGCUAAGUGAUUUCGGUGUCUUCAACUGCCGUGCAAGAAAAAGGGAUUAAAUAACUCCGUCUGGUCAUAUUUUACCUUAGCAUUGAAGAUCAUAAAUGGGUAAAUCAGAUGAUCAAAAAGUCAAAAUAAUAAUAAAUAUAACGAAUUGGAACUUAUGAUUGUCUUUCACUAUCGGAGAAAAUCAACAAUUACAUCUAAAAAAUUCGUCAACUUCAUUACAUCAGAAAACAUAGCUAGUUACUUUUUUGCUGUAAAAAGUUUUGAUAGAAAAACUCAAUGUGGCGACACAUACUGAAUAUAAGAUGACCAAAUGCACGGACAAUGCUUGGUAUCCAGCUUAUACAGCUGAUAAUUAUGGUGAUAGUGUAUUUCGGUACUACCAUCGCCGACUGGACAGAUUGUCCAGCUCCUUGUCAAUGCAAAUGGAGUUCAGGAAAAAAGACUGCACUUUGUAAAGAUGUAGGAUUUACCAAAAUUCCAUCUGUAUUAAACACCGAUAUGCAAGUAUUAGAUUUGAGUUCGAAUAGUAUUGGCCAUUUACCAGAAGAUUCUUUUAAAUCAGUGGGUCUCCUUAAUUUACAACGUAUAUUUUUACGAAGUUGUGGUAUAAGAAUUGUACAUAAAAAUGCUUUUCGGGAACUUAAAAUUCUUGUUGAACUUGAUCUAAGUGACAAUUUGAUUGCAUCAAUUCAUCAAAAUACUUUUCAAAGUAAUGAACGUUUGCGAGUACUGUAUUUAAAUGGUAAUCCUUUGACUGAAAUUAAAGAAACACAGUUUCCUAUAUUACAACAUCUUCGUACAAUUGAAAUGCAACAUUGUCAAAUCAAAAAAAUUCAUCAAGAUGCUUUUAUUCAUUUGUCUUCCCUAGAGUCGUUAAAUCUUAACGGAAACCUGUUAAAAUCGCUCUCGGAAACUGUAUUUUUACCCAUUUCCAAAUUGAAAACUUUAUCAUUGGAUGGCAAUCCAUGGGUGUGUGAUUGUCACCUUAGAAAUUUUCGAAAUUGGUUUGUGGCUUCUAAUCUCUAUUCUCAUACACAUUCAUGUAUUGAACCACCAAUAUUAUCAGGCACCCGGUGGGAAAAUAUUGAACCGCAAGAUUUUGCAUGUUCACCUAGUGUAAAAAUAGAUAAAACUAAUGUAUUAGAAGAACCUGGUAAUAAUGUCACAUUUAUAUGUGAAAUAACUGGUGAUCCUGAACCAGAAAUAAAUUGGUACUUCAAUGGCCAUAAUUUAGAAAAUUUCACAGAUCGUUUGGAAGAAAAUCGAACUUGGUUAGAAAUAGGUAAAUUAUGGAGUGUACUGAGCGUAUCAAAUGUAUCUGAAGAUAUGGCUGGUGAAUAUACAUGUGAAGCUAAAAAUUCACGUGGAAAAAUAUCAAUGAAUACAUCAUUAGUAUUACCAGAAAUAGCUGUUGCUACAACACUCAGUAAAACAAAAUCUGUGUAUUUUAUGAUGGUUUGUGUUGCAGUUAGCGUCACAGCAUUGUUAUUUACUGUAGGCUUAACUUGCUGUAUUUGCCAGGUAAGGAAGACAUCUGGAAGUAACGAGCGUCUAAACGGAAAAUCAAAUUUUAAAGGUAGUGCCAGUUUUAGUGAUGCUGACAAAAGGCUAUUAGAUGCUAGUAUAUCUACAACACAAGCGGGAAGUUGUGAAGUUCUCGGAAGUGGAUCACCCUCAUGUCAAGAUCUCGAACUUAUGGAACAUUCUUUACAUAAUAUCCCAUUAGCAUCUAUUUGUGAUCAACAGCCAGUACAUAUAACAAUUGAGAAUCAUGAUCCAAAUACUGACGUUUCUCUAUAUCCACCACCACCAGAGUUUUCAACAAGUAUUUUACCAUCUAUUAGUGGCUAUGGAAACAUAUUUAUUUCUGUUUCUGUUAGUCAGGAACCUCAUGAACAAGAAUCAAGUUAUCCUGACCUAUUGGAUUUAAAACAUAGACAAAAACAACAUGUCAGUGUAGGUACAGCUGAUCACCAACAACAUCAAAUACCAAUAUCUUCUUAUUAUGCAACAAUGCCUAGAAAAAAUCGUUUAAAAGAUUCGUAUAAUCCACAAUAUCGACAAUACCAUAAUAAUAUUAAAUCUCCAAUAGCUCCUCAAUACGAUAAUAUGGGUCCAAGAAUAACAGUUACCGGUAGCUGUACAAACCUAUCAUUAUUAUCAGUCAGUGGUGGAUCUUCUGAUGAAAUUCCACCACCUCCUCCUCCACCAAUUUGCAUGGGUCACACUGACUACGUAGCCUUAUAAAAAUCAAUUUUGUAUAUGGGCUCAUUAUAAUGAGUGAAUAGUUAUAAUUAUUAUCAAUUAAUUUCGGUAAUGUAAGAACUGUUAAAUUAUUAAAUGGUUAUAAAUUUUAGUUCUUUUAAAAUUAAAUUUUCUGACAAAAAUAGAUAUUGAUUAAACAAAAAUCGUUAAUGGAUACAUAAAAAAAAAAAGAUAAUUUAUAAAAUAAUAUUAUAAUAAAAGGGUAAUGACGAAUAGCACAACUAAAAACAUUAAUUGUGUAAAUGUAAAGAAGAAAAAUUAUAUCACUUGUUGUGAAUUCUGUUCUAAAUUUUGUUUCACAAUGUCAAUAGCCAAAACUUGACAAUCUUUCAUUUUUCGUAUCAGUUUUUAAAAUAAUUUAUCUAAAAUAAUCAUUAAUGCGCUAUUUUUUUUUAUAAAUACAAUUUUUAUAUUUCAUAUUAUUUUUAAUAUAUACGAUUUUAGAUAGUAAUUUUUCUUCAUUUUAUUUAAAUUUAAUUGAAUUACAUUGAAAAAUUA